GCGGAUGGGGUUAGCGGGGGCAGAUCACAGGUCUGCCAAGGCCAGAUCCUCCCCUGGCUGCUGGAAUGGAUCAUCCCCCAUGACAUCACAAUCCUGAGUGGUUGCCAAGGUGCUGCUGGAGGUGGACCCUCAUUUCUCUCCAUGCAGCUCUAGGAUGUGGAUGUGAGAAAGGUGAGCAAGGAAGGCAGAUGGCAAUGAAGAACAGCCCGAGCCCCAUGCCCAUGGGCACAGCUCAGGGUGACCCUCGAGAGGCAGGAACACUGUCAGCCCUUGAUGCUGGCAUUUGGGACACAGGUGCAGCCACUCAGCUGAAGAUGAAGCCCAAGAAUGUGCGCAAGAUCAAGGCACUCAUCAUCGACCUGGGCUCACAGUACUGUAAGUGUGGCUAUGCAGGAGAGACGAGGCCCACCUACUUUAUCUCCUCCACGGUGGGCAGGCGCCACUCUGAGGCAGCUGAUGUGGGUGACACCCACAAGGAGAUCUAUGUGGGCCACGAGCUGCUCAACAUGGAGGCACCUCUGAAGCUGGUUAACCCUCUAAAAUAUGGCGUUGUGGUGGACUGGGACUGUGUCCAGAACAUCUGGGAAUACAUCUUCCACACAGUCAUGAAGAUCCUCCCUGAGGAGUACGCUGUGCUUGUCUCCGACCCCCCGCUCAGCCCCAGCAGCAACCGGGAGAAGUAUGCAGAGCUCAUGUUUGAGACCUUUGGCUUCCCCGCCAUGCAUGUGACAUCCCAGUCGCUGCUGUCCAUCUACUCCUAUGGUAAGACCACAGGGCUGGUGGUGGAGAGUGGGCACGGUGUCUCGCAUGUGGUCCCCAUCUCAGAGGGCAACGUGCUGCCGGGCCUGACGGUCCGUGCCAACUAUGCUGGGAGGGACCUUACCAACUACCUGCUGCAGCUGCUCAACGAGGCUGGCCACAAGCUUACGGACAACCACCUGCACAUUGUUGAGCACAUCAAGAAGACGUGCUGCUACUCGGCCUUCCUGCCCGAGGAGGAACUCGGCCUGUGCCUGGAGGAGCUGCGUGUAGACUACGAGCUCCCCGACGGCAAGCUCAUCACCAUUGGCCAUGAGCGCUUCCAGUGCGCCGAGAUGCUCUUCAAGCCCAGCCUGGUGAGCAGCAACCAGCCCGGUCUCCCUGCGCUCACGGCCACUUGCCUGGGCCACUGCCAGGAGGCAGGCUUCAAAGAGGAGAUGGCUGCCAAUGUGCUGCUGUGUGGCGGCUGCACCAUGCUGGAUGGCUUCCCUGAGCGCUUCCAGAGGGAGCUGAGCCUCCUCUGCCCCAGGGACAGCCCUACAGUGGCUGCUGCACCCGAGAGAAAGACCUCCGUGUGGACUGGUGGCUCCAUCCUGGCAUCCCUGCAGACCUUCCAGGAGUUCUGGGUCAGCAAGGAAGAAUUUGAGGAGCAGGGCAGUGCGGCCAUCUAUACCAAGUGCUGAGCGGGGGUUCCGGGCCAGGCCAGGCCUGGCCUUGUGGGCAGGCGACCUCUGGCCGCUCAAUACAUUUAUAGAAUUU